AUGCUAGAAGGUACCAAUUUUGCCAUAUACACCGACCACAAGCCAUUAGUAUACGCAUUUAACACCAAGCCGGAUCGCCACUCGCCGAGAGAAAUCCGCCACCUCGACUUCAUAUCGCAGUACACGACGGAUAUACGCCACAUCAAAGGGACGACCAACUUAGCAGCCGAUGCACUUUCACGUGCGCAGAUCAAUGCUAUCCACACCACGUCUACAAUUGAUCUGGCACGUAUAGCAGCUGACCAGGAGAAUGACGAAGAACUUCUAAAGCUCCGGAAUUCGUCAUCUCUGAAAUUUCAGCAUGUUCCGCUACCAUCAUCCACGGCCCAUAUUUGGUGUGAUAUCUCCACUGGUUACCAACGCCCUUAUGUACCACAGAAAUAUCGUCGAGAAGUUUUCUCUGCUCUACAUUCUCUGUCACAUCCUGGUAUUUGCUCCACUCAAAAGCUGAUAUCGACCCGUUUUGUGUGGACCAGUAUCAACAAGGAUAUCAGAGAAUGGACCAAGUGCUGUGUUGCGUGCCAAAAAGCGAAAAUCCACCGGCACAUAAAAUCACCAAUCGGUUCAUUUUCGCAACCCGACGCGCGAUUUCAGCACGUGCACAUCGAUAUCGUCGGACCCCCGCCACCUUCGCAGAACUAUUCAUAUCUGCUAACUUGCACUCGGCAACUCCAGCGAACACCACAGAUUCUGCACAACCCCGACACACCAAAUCAGGAAGAACAGUUCGAUGGCCAGCAAGGUUUGUGCAAGUUUUUCGGGCCUGCAUUCCUCAUGACCUUUUCAGCGUACAUGUUGAAGGCUGCUCGUAAUAGGAUGCAACCUUGCCAAGUGCCUUUUCCAAUCUCAAACCAAUCAGUGUCACCAUAUGGUGUCCGUACUGUAGCCUCUUGGUUUCGAUAG